UCCAAAGUCCUUAAACCUCCUUUCUUCCCCUCAACCUCUGAAGUUUGUACGUCUAUAAAGCCAUGAACCAUCCCCAAGUAACUGACCAAAAUCAUAAAAGUACUGGUAACUCUUGCCACCUUUUCAUCAUCACCAACAAACCAAAACAAAAGCCAGCAACAGAAAUAAAACCCUAGAUUAAGGGCAGAAUAGAAAAAUGAAGCAAAACUUCAAAACCAGUAUAAUUAAGAAACCACCAUCAUCAUCAUUCUCACCUUCAUCAAUCUUGAAUUACCUCUUCAUGUCUACCGUCAACACAGCUGCAAGAACUCUAAACUCAUUUGUUCAGUCCUCAUCAUCACCAAACCCUAUGUCAUGGAAACUGACUGAUCAUUUUCGUUAUGCUGGAAUGUUAUUGAUAUGGUUUACUCUAUGGGUGUUAAGAGUUUUGAUGGAUUAUGUUCCUCUUUCGUUUGUUCCUUCUCCUCUUCUUGAUGGACUUGCAUCAUCCAUUGGACUUGCAUCAUCUCAUGAUCAUCACUCAACUUCUUUUUAUGGAGGUGAUCCGUUAUCCUCUUCUUCUACUUCACCUUCAAUGGAUUUGGUACUGCAUCAAGGAUAUGGCGGUAGUGGUGGUAAUAACUAUUAUUAUGAUGAAAGUAUUGAUAUUAGUGAUCAGCGAGGAGGAGGAUCUUCAUCAUCUAAAUCAAUCGGUAGAGCGCUCUCUCAUAUUUUUACCUUGAUGAACGAGAUACCAGCAACAUCAAGGAAGUAUCAAUUUGCAGUAUCAAUGGCUGACAGAAUCGUCGAUGAGAACGUAAGAGAAGGACACGCAGCACUGCAGGAGGUGAACCGCAUGGCACUCUCAUACGCCUUCUCGCGUACCUAUAACAUGUUGUACAGGUCACUACAAGACAACAAUCAAGCCAAUGUUAUGGACCAUGACACGGGAACUGGACUUUUCCGUUCACUGCCAUUAGGGUCGUAUAUGGAAUCGGGGCUUCGCUUUUGUCUCAAUAGUUUCACACCGUUUGGAUUAGGAGGGGUUUUGCUCGACAGCUUUACGUCUAAAAAGGUAAAGAAGCCGGUCACACCCGGAGGUGGAUAUUAUGAUGAGGAGGAGCGGAUCUUGGCAGCUGAGAAAUUAGCUCAGGAACUGCUUUGGAUUACAAACAAGCUUCGGGCUUGUGGUGCAGUAGAUGAAGCAUUGGGCCAAUGGAGUUUAGCGUCAGGGCUAGCCUCGCUGUCUUUCUCCUCGCAUCAUAGGGUACAAAGCCUCAUUGUUAAGAUUACAAUUAUCUUGCUUGGAGAGCUAGCUAGAGGAGCAGGUCAUCAUAAGGAGUCGUUGCUGGUAGAGGCACCAAGGGAAGUGAAAUACAGACUACUACUUCUGUGGAUACCUCUGUUAUGCUAUGCCAAUGGUGGGUUGUCUUACCCAGUACUCACAGGAAUCGAGAAGGCAGAGACGGAAAGAGUGAUCGAUCAAGUGAUAUCGACGUUACCUGCAUCCGAUCAAGAGAUAAUACUAACCAAUUGGUUACAGGACUAUACCAAUUCCAGUUCAGACUGGCCUAAUCUCCAAAGAUCUUACGAUCAAUGGUGUCGAUCAUCUCGCAACAACAUUCUCCUCCUUACGAAAGAAUGAACACAAAUGGGUACGCAGAUAUAGAGUUCAAUCAUCAUAAUAGUUUUCAUCUAGAGUUAGGAUAGGACUAUACAAGAUAUGUAAUGUAGACAAUGUGGUUCAUUUAUGUCAUUGUAAAAUAACAUAUUAUUGUAUCAAUGUAAUAAUAAGUACUUGUUCUUUAAUAAUAAGAUGAGUUAGGAGUAUUACUAAGAGUAAUAAGUGUACUUGUUUCAUGUGUGAUAUGUCAGAAUUUCAGCUUCCAACUAUAAUUCAGAUUAAAGUGUA